AUGUCUGAGCUGUGGAGCUACCCCUUCGUGCACACUGCUGACUCCAGGAGCCGUUUGCAAACCACCAGCGUUCCCUUGGGACUCCGCCUGCCUCUCCAAAUGGGGCUCAUCUUUGGCACCCUGUACCCAGCCUAUUCCUCCUACAAGGCUGUGAAGACCAAAAACGUGAAGGAGUAUGUAAAGUGGAUGAUGUACUGGAUUGUCUUUGCCUUCUUUACCACAGCUGAGACACUCACGGAUAUAAUCCUGUCCUGGUUCCCCUUCUACUUUGAGCUCAAGAUUGCUUUUGUGAUAUGGCUGUUGUCUCCUUACACCAAGGGCUCCAGCGUUCUCUACCGCAAGUUCGUGCAUCCUACACUGUCCAACAAGGAAAAGGAGAUCGACGAAUACAUCACACAAGCCCGAGACAAGAGCUAUGAGACCAUGAUGAGGGUGGGCAAGAGGGGCCUGAACUUGGCUGCCAAUGCGGCAGUCACGGCGGCUGCCAAGGGCCAGGGGGUGCUGUCCGAAAAGCUCCGGAGCUUCAGCAUGCAAGACCUGACUCUCAUUCGAGAUGAGGAUGCGUUGCCACUGCAGGGGUCAGACGGCCGUCUCCGGCCUGGCCCUGGGGCUCUCCUGGACACCAUUGAGGACUUAGGUACUGAGCUCACUGGCCUGAGUGUAAGGUCUAGCACAAGCCAGGCAGAUCCCCGGACAGAGACCUCAGAAGAUGACCUGGGAGACAAGGCACCCAAGAGGACCAAAUCAAUCAAAAAAGUGCCCAAAGCUGAGCCAGUGGCAUCCAAGACGCUGAAGACUCGGCCCAAGAAGAAGAGUUCUGGAGGGGGUGACUCAGCUUGAGGUCCUCACCUUCCCCCACCCCUCCAGCUGUAGGACAAGCACCGGGAAGAGCUGCAGCCCUAGGCCCUGCUCCACUGUGGGCCUCUAGCUCAAAUGUUUCAGACCUGAGAACCCCCUAGAUGGCUGUUUCCAGUGCCACCUCCCCAUGGACACUCCUCCAGAGGGGUUUGGCAAAGAGGAGGGAGGCACAGUUGCAGGGUGCAGGACAGAAGCUGAUGGCUGAGUCCUUGAGGAGGUGGGGGCUCCUUGGCCAGCACUGCUCUUCUCGAUGCUCUAGCCCCGCCCCGCCCAUCCAGUGCCUUGCUGAAGACCAUGGCCAUCCCCUUCUCUGGGGCCUGACAUGCCUCCACCACUUUUCCUUGAAUAGGGGUAGUGGCCACAGUCCAGAUAGACCAAGGAGGGGGCCUCAAGGCACCUUGUGAAGGGAAGACAUGGGGUAGGUCUGAGGGGGGAGGGUGUUACUCAGGCCCAGCUAGGAGUGGAAGACACAGGCUGUAAAUGACCAACAUGGCCUUGCCAGAACUGCAACUGGUGGGGCUAUGUGGGGUACACCACCAAAAAGAGGUGGCAUUCCAAGGGAUACAUGCUGGGGAGGAUGGGUGAAAGUGGUCACUUCCUCCCUACGUCAGCCCUGGUCUUUCUCCCUCUUUAUCCACCCCUGCUGGUCUCUGAACCCCCGAGGGUCGAAGCCCUUGACAGAAUGAAGCUCCAAGGGGCCUCCCCACUACCCUUCUAUCCUUGAUCUCUUUUACCCAUUCAUGCCCCUAGGCUGGGCUCCUCCACUCCUAUGGUCCACUGUAGAGGUCCUGCCAAGCUGACCCAGUUCCUCUCCCGUCAAGGGG